ACGUCACUAACUGGAAAAAAAAAAAUUGGAAACGUUGACGUGCGUAUGGUCAUCAAUUUUUAUUUCCCCAGAAUUUGUGUUUUUCGUUUCAAAGUUACGAAUUUAGUUAUUUAAUUAGUUGGUACUGAUAUCUAAAACCGAAAUCUACAAUGGGUUUGACAAUAUCAAGUGUUUUUACUAAGCUCUUCGGCAAAAAACAAAUGCGUAUCCUUAUGGUUGGGCUGGAUGCCGCUGGAAAAACAACUAUACUUUAUAAGCUUAAGUUGGGAGAGAUAGUGACCACAAUACCGACGAUCGGAUUUAACGUAGAGACAGUAGAAUACAAAAACAUCAGCUUUACUGUGUGGGACGUCGGCGGUCAGGACAAGAUCAGGCCACUGUGGCGUCACUACUACCAGAACACGCAGGGCCUUAUCUUCGUCGUAGACUCUAGUGACACAAAGAGAAUAGCAGAAGCCGAAAAUGAGCUGGCUAAUAUGCUAAAGGAAGAUGAACUAAGGGAUGCUGUGAUCCUCGUGUUUGCCAACAAGCAAGAUAUGCCCAAUGCUAUGACUGCAGCUGAACUUACGAAUGCCCUCAACCUUAAUAAUUUGAGGAACCGCCGUUGGUACAUCCAGGCUACAUGUGCGACACAAGGGCAGGGCCUGUACGAGGGACUAGACUGGCUCUCCAAUGAGCUAGCAAAGAAGUGAGAAUCAAUUUGGCUUACGGUCACUGGGAACAGACUACAAACAUUCCCGUAAUGACUGACAACUUUCAUCUUGUGGUUGUUGUUGUUCAUUCUACAAAAACCUAAAAGACUAUGAAAAUUUCUAUGUAAUUAUACAAAUGUCUUUUUAAUACUACUAGGCUCUUUUCACAAUGUUUUGCUGAAGCAGUUAUUUAUUAUUUGGCUUGCCAUAUAAAUGAUAUUGUGAAAAUGGCCCCACAUAGAUAUAAAAUGGUCUAUCUAUAUUAAUCAUUCAUAGUUUAAUCAUUUUCCUAUAUUGUCCUUCAGCAAAUUUCACAUAAUUCUUUUUUUUUCUUGAUAAUAUGAAAGUACUAAAGAGAAAUGUUGAUCAUGUUCUCAUAAUAUUUACAUGUAAAAUGCAAUAAUGUAGUAUUUGUAACGUUCGGUAUAAUCAUUGUGUCUUAAACUAAAUUUAAUAAGUGUAAAUCAUUGAAAAUAUUUGGUUUGUUUUAAUGUAUUCUUAAUGAAAAAUAAUAUUAUUUUGUUCCGGUUAUUCUCAACAUAAGUAUUAACUAAUGCACAACAACUAUGCAGUGCUGACAAUAAUGAAUCAUUUACUUUGGAGGAUCUAGCAGAGUAUCUAACGUAAAUUAUUAUUCUUUAUAUUAACUUUAGAUGUAUUUAUCAUUAACUUUUUAAAAUUUUCCUUUAGUGAAUAAGUUUAUUAUUACAAGUUUUUGUAUUUGUGAAAUAUGUGUGCACUGAAUAAUAAUACAGAUACUAACAUAACACGUUAUGUGAUCCAUCUUGAUUGAUUAAAGUAAAAUAUUACAAUAUGUAAAUAAUGUAAGAUGUAUCGGCCAAAAAUAUUUUAAUGUCCUGUGUCAUGUCAUGUUGUAUGCUUUAACAUUAUAAUUUAUGCUUUGCGGUUUGUUAAAGUAUAUUAUGAUAGUGGCAAAUAAAGGUUAGGUGUAAAUAAAAA